AUGUACGACACGCAUCUGACGUAGGCGCGAGAAUUACUUUCAUACAAAAACGCUUCGUCGAUGGGUUCUACAUACGCUUCACCAAGCUCACGCAUUGCUCCAUCAGACAGACAGACAGACAGACAGUUACAUACACACAAUGGCCUCGAUUUUCUCCUCUACGCCGACCUGGAGCUGCUCCACAAUCCCCCAGCUCGUGUCGAAGGUCUUCCUCGUUACCGGCGGUACUGCCGGUAUCGGCUUCGGUAUCACCGCAAACCUCCUUUCCCACAACCCCGAGCGUGUGUACAUGCUCUCCGAGCUUCCCGAGCACGCCACGCUUGCCAAACAAGAGCUCCAAAAGUACGGCGAUGUGUCCAAGAUCGAGUACAUCAACUGCGACCUCCGAGAUCUCCGACAGGUCGAUAAGACUGCGAAGGAACUAAGCUCGAAGCUUACUCGACUGGAUGCGCUGGUAUGCAAUGCCGGCUGUGGCGUGGGCGUUUAUAAUGUGUCGAAAGACGGUCUCGACACCCACUUCCAGAUCAACCACCUUGCCCAGAUGCAUCUGAUCCUGACGCUCCUCCCGCUGCUCCGCAAGACGGCGAAGGAGCACCACGACGCCCGCAUCGUCGUCCAAGCAUCGAGUCUCCACAGCUCCGCACCGUCCUCCGUCAAAUUCGCCAGCGUCGACGAGAUCAACACGGACAUCGGCCCGUCGUAUCUCUACAACCGCUCAAAACUCGCGCAGAUCCUGUUCAUCCGGGGGCUCGUGCAGCGGCUCAACGACGGAAGGCUCGGGCCCGGCGAGGUGGCUAAUAUCUUCGCUAAUGCGACGCAUCCGGGCGCCGUGAACACUACGCAACCAGAUCAGGCUGAGGAGGCGUAUGGUCUCCUCGGGAAGGUUGCGACGCCCAUCGUGAGGACGUUCAUGAAGGACCCUAUCACCGAUGGUUGUCUACCCGCGCUGUUUGCCGCCACUGCGGAGGAUGUCAAGAAAGAAAAUAUUACCGGCCAAUAUAUUACGCCUCCGAACAAGGUGACAGAGCCGUCAAAGCAGGCGCAGGAUCAAACACUAACCGAUAGUCUGUGGGCACUGAGUGAGAAGAUUUUGGCGGAAAAGUUAGCGUAGGAAGCGCACGAGAGCAUUCGUAUACAUAAACAGGGCGGCGUUAACUAUGGCGGCACCCGCCGGAAUAUAAACUUAAAUGGUGUCUACAUAUGUGUGAAUUUCAGAAGCUUGUUCGUAUGUAGGUUAAGAUUCAGCCAAACGAACUCGUUUAUGAGGGCAGAGCUUGGCAUGAACACAAAACACGUCGG